AUGACUAGUAGGGUUUAUGAUCCAAUACACGAUGUCUUCCAGAGCCGUGACGACCCAGAAGACACGGCUUCAACAGGUGACAUAACGACAUCGUUACCAGAAGAAGAAGGAUCACAGGAUGAAGGAGACUCCACACAAAGCGAUGAGAAUGUUUCGCCUCUGAACGGUGCUGAAUCGCGCAAGAAAAGAAGCAAAGAGCCCAGCAAGUAUUUGCGGCAUCUGAAAAAAGCAGACGGAGAGUAUUUCACCCGUCAAGAAAUCCAGUACGAGUUUCUGCACGAGCUUUGUUCCGAUAAGAGGCCACUCUUCACCAACUGGUACCAGGACUCGUUUUCUAUUUUCGCAACAGAAAGUCAGGAGUCUUUAAACGUUACAGACGACGCGUACGUGGCGCGGAAAUUCAUAAAAAACGACAAACUGACAUUUUCAGAAUACUAUCUUUUGACCAUUGCGUCUUCGACCAAGUGCUCGAAGAUCCUACGCGACAAGUUGCUUUUCGACCGUAAGGUUGCGUUUUCUACAUGUGCACUGUCGCUGCUGGUCAACACAGGCCGUUUGAACACGACCAUCAACUUCUUUCUUGAAAUGACGUCGCAACUGCGAACUUUCCAUUCCAUACCGUGUCUCCAACGCGAUACGCGGGACCCUAAGUCUUUGCAAGACACUCCAAGAUUAAAAUCCAUACUGAAAAACCUACCUAAGGGUAACGGAAACCUGCCAUUAACCGAAUAUUACGAAUCUCCUGAAUCUGGUAAGAAACUCGAUGCCAAUCCUGUCAAUGUAAUAUUUCACCUUUGUGACAACUCCGCUUUGGUAAACCUGAAAUUUCUUCAGCAAUUCGUCAAUGCAGAAGUAGAUGAUUUGACGUUUUUUGACAUCCUUGAGAACACGGCUUUGGACCCCAGACAAAGGGCGCGGAUAAUUCUUUGGUUGUUGUACGUUCACCUGGAAACGGAUUUGACUGACGAGUCCAUCGCGGAAUCGUUGCGACUUUUCGGUGUGGAUGGAAAAUUUCAACUGAAGUCUGCACCGGAAGACGUCGAUGUGGACACUCCCCAAGAAAUAGAGUUUGGAGAGAAUCAGAAGGCGAAAAGGAAAGAGUUUCUUAUGAAGAUCAACAAGUUGCCGCACAAUGGAUUUGGUAACCAGGACGACAAUAAAUCCUUAAUGGAGCAACGAAAACUCAUACAUAGCAAGAUUGAAGAUGGGAUAACCGGCGGUGUCGAUGUCAAUACGGAUCCUCCUAUUCUUGCUACUUCAGUUGCGCCUAUUGCUCCUGUUGCGGAUGACGAUACUGCGCCGGUCAAAAAACGUAAUGAAAAGUCAGGAUCGCGAGGAUCUGCUAAGGGCACUAGGAAAUCUACUAAGGAUUCGGCUACCGCGACAGAGGAAUCCACGACAGAAGCUAAGAAACCAGCCGCCAAAAGAGCAUACCGUAAACAACAGAAAAAGCCUGUAGAACCUACUAAAGAUGUGACUAUCCAGGUCCCGGUCAAAGAAGAAAACCGAGACCUAGAAACGGCUCAAGCUGGUAUUGAAGAACAAGCGACUGCUUCACGAACCACACAACAGCCAAAAAAGAGACAGAGAAAGAAGGCAGUAUCUGAAUCUCCAGUUACGCAAGAAAUCAAGAACGACCUUUUGGACGAAAAGAAGAGGGACGAGAUGGAAGAGCUGAUAAAAUUUGAUAAAAGCGAAAAGAUUUCAGAGCACCGCACGCAUGAUGAUAUCUUGAAAGAGCUAGAAAAGGCUCAAACACUUGCUCGUCAUAAGCGUGAAGAACUUGGCCUACUCAAACUUUUCCACGAGUACGAGGACGUGACGAUGGCCACGGUGAUCGGUGUUCGAGGCAAGAAACGGAAGAAGUUCACAGACGGUCUAUUAGGGUUCGAGACUGAUUUUAUUCGCACGUUCAAUGGUGCAAAACGAGCGCUUCUUGCUCGCAAGAGUGAUACGGGUAGUAUAUAUGAAUUUAAGUGA